CCUCCCAUUUAUCCCAACUCUCAAAAGCUUUUAUAAAAUCUUUCCCCUUUCCCUUCAUCUUCUUCACUCUCUCCUCCUUCAAACCCUAACAAUGGCGCUUCUCUUCUUCUUCCUCCUCGCCGUCUCUGCAACUCCUCUCUCUUCCAUGGCCGCCGCUUUCCCUUCCUUCCAAACUCUCAACACUAAUUCCCACUUCUUCAACCCUAAACUCCCCCCUAACUCCCUCUCCUCCUCCAAGAAAUUCGAGGGCUCCUCCGAUUUAGUCAAUCUUCGAUACCACAUGGGCCCUGUUCUUUCCUCGUCUCCGAUCAAUAUUUACUUAAUCUGGUAUGGAAAGUGGUCUGUCUCUCAGAAAUUGCUCAUUAAGGACUUUAUUUCGUCGAUUUCCGCCUCCGAUCGCCGCCGUCGUGCUGCCCCUUCACCCUCUGUCGCUGAGUGGUGGAGUACGGUCUCGCUUUACACCGAUCAAACUGGUGCUAAUGUCUCCCGCUCCGUCGUCAUUGCCGGCGAACACUCCGACCUCCACCACUCUCAAGGCACUGAUCUCACUCGCCUCUCGAUCCAGAACGUAAUCGCUACGGCGGUUCAAUCGGCGCGGUUUCCGGUGGACCACCGGAACGGGAUGUUUCUGGUGCUCACUUCUCAAGACGUUACAAUGCAGGACUUUUGUCGAGCAGUUUGCGGGUUCCAUUAUUUCACUUUUCCGUCCAUGGUCGGCUACACGCUCCCUUACGCUUGGGUUGGCCACUCCGGCAAACAGUGCCCGGAGCAAUGCGCUUAUCCCUUCGCCGUGCCGGCAUACAUGGCCGGCGGUGGUCCAGGCGCUCUCUCGCCGCCAAACAGAGACGUUGCGUUAGACGGAAUGAUUAGUGUUAUCGGCCAUGAAUUGGCGGAAGUCGCUUCGAAUCCUUUGGUGAAUGCUUGGUACGCAGGCGAGGAUCCAACAGCGCCGACGGAGAUCGGUGACCUCUGCGAGGGACUGUACGGCACCGGCGGAGGCGGCGGGUAUAUAGGGCAGGUAAUGAGAGAUGAAGGCGGGGGAACGUUCAACGUACAUGGGAGAAAUGGAAGGAAGUUCUUGUUGCAGUGGCUAUGGAGUCCGGUUCUUAAGGCCUGCGCCGGUCCUAAUGCUUUGGAUUGAGUGAUGAAAGCUUAAAUUUCUGAUCAGUUUCGUUGUUUAUUAAUGAGCUCAGCCCGCGCACCGCCGUGGAGAUGGGUGGCUCCGCCUUGCCGCGGAGGAGGGAUUUGCAGGCACGGAGAACGGGAUGGGGGAGGGCUCUAUGAAUUUAUCUACAGUUUCUAUAGUAUAUAUUAUUAUAUAAAAUUAAAAA